GGAGGUUUAUGUUCUUUACGCCGGAACAAACCAGUCCGCAAACAACACACUCGCGAUUGUUAUUAUAAACACUCUCUGUUGUCUGUAGUGUACACACUGUCUUGCGUAUUUAAGAUUGAAACAACCGGCCGUCCGGGUUCCAAAAGGCCAAGCCCGCGAUAGUCCGGAUAUGGACAAGUGCCCGAACACCAGAAUGUUCCUAGGACUUCGUAUGAAUGUUUUCCUAGCUUUUAUUGCUUUUUUUGGAAUUCAACAAGCAAUUUCUCAAAAAGUCAACCCCAAUGAUUUGGAAGUUGUACUUAAUCUUGAGGAUAGCAACAAAACUCAAUACCAUGAACAGAAUUUUGAAACCAUGGCCUACAUAUUCGGUUACGAAGUAGGACCAAAUGGACAAUUUCAUCAUGAGAAUAAAGGUCCCGAUGGAUUCACGUAUGGUUGUUAUGGAUACGUAGAUCCAGAUGGAAAUUUACAAGCCACACAUUACUUAUCAGAUGGCUGGGGUUACAGAGUAGUAACUCCUGGCCAAUCAGUGGAAAUAUUUCACCAUCAUCACGAGGAAGGUCACGAAGAAAAUCACGUAGCUGAGGGUUCGAGUGGUUCCGAACACGAACACCACGGUCAUCAUGGAGUGGUUACGCAAUGGAAUGAUUUAUUCUUUCCGAAAGGUUGUGGAGGAGGACGCCCCAUCGAGGGAUCUGGACAAUUGGGUGGAUCAGGAUCAUCAGGCUACCCCAGUGUCAUAGGAACAGCUAAACCAAGUCCCACGGGAAAACCAGGAUCACCAGGCACUCCAGGUGGUCCAGGCGCUCCCGGAGCUCCAGGUAUUCCGGGAUCGGCAGGUUCACCAGGAUCUUCAGGGUUUCCGGGCUCUUUUGGAUACCCAGGAGCUCCAGGCUUACUGGGAACACCAGGUGCACCAGGAUCUCCAGGUACACCAGGAUCUCCAGGUGCACCAGGAUCUCCAGGAUACCCAGGUUCACUAGGAUCACCGGGUACUCCAGGAUCCCCAGGUUCACUAGGAUCACCGGGUACUCCAGGAUUCCCAGGAUCUCCAGGAUUCCCAGGCUCACUCGGAGCACCAGGUUCUCCGGGCUCCCCAGGUGAGCCAGGAUCUCCAGGAUCGCCAGGAUCAACAGAAGAAGAAGAAUCUGAGUCCCCUGGAUCUUUUGGAUCACCAGGAUCUCCAGGAUCACCAGGAGCGCCAGGCUCCCCAGGGGCACCAGGCUUACCAGGAUCUGGAUACCCUGGAUCUUUUGGAUAUCCAGGAUCACCAGGAUCACCGGGGGGCCCAGGUAUACCAGGAGCCCCAGGCUCGCCAGGAGCACCGGGUUUUGUAUACCCUGGAUCUUUUGGAUAUCCAGGAUCACCAGGAUCACCGGGGGGCCCAGGUAUACCAGGAGCCCCAGGCUCGCCAGGAGCACCAGGAUCUGGUUACCCUGGAUCUUUUGAAUAUCCAGGAUCACCAGGAACUCCAGGAACUCCAGGCACGCCAGGAAAACCAGGCUCGCCAGGAUCUCCCGGUUCGCCAGGUACACCAGGAUUUCCUCCAUACAAUAAACCUUCACCCUUUCCAGGUUCACCAGGAUCACCAGGUUCCCCAGGACUUCCAGGUCAACCGGGAACAUCAGGAUCUCCUUUACCAGGAACAUACCCGGGUGGCCCAGGAGUGCCAGGAGCACCAGGAGCACCAGGAACCCCAGGAACACCAGGAAAACCGGGUACACCAGGAUCACCAGGUACAUCUUACCCUAAACCAUCGCCAUACCCAGGAAGUCUAGGAACUCCAGGAUCUCCGGGAACCCCAGGGACUCCAGGAUUACCGGGAGCUCCAGGAACACCAGGUUCAUCUUACCCUAAACCCCCUUCAAACUCUGGACCAAUUUAUCCAGGUGGUCUAGGUUCGCCAGGCACCCCAGGUACCCCAGGCUCACCGGGUUUACCAGGAGCACCAGGAUUACCAGGCUCAUCUUAUCCUAAGCCACCCUCAUACCCAGAAUCUGCUUAUCCAGGUGGUCCAGGGUCGCCAGGUGCCCCAGGAUCUCCAGGAGCACCAGGUUUGCCAGGUUCAUCAUACCCAAAACCACCACCGUAUCCAGCACCAGCUUAUCCAGGUGGCCCAGGGUCACCAGGAUCACCAGGUUCUCCGGGUCUUCCAGGAACACCAGGAUUCCCAGGUUCGUCUUAUCCUAAACCGUCUCCGUAUCCAGCACCAGCUUAUCCAGGUGGCCCAGGGUCACCAGGAUCACCAGGUUCUCCGGGUCUUCCAGGAACACCAGGAUUACCAGGUUCGUCAUACCCUAAACCACCACAACCAUAUCCAGGAUACCCGGGAUCAUCAGGUUCACCAGGUUCUCCAGGUCUACCAGGAAAGCCAGGUACUCCAGGUUUCCCAGGCUCAUCGUACCCUAAACCAACUCCCUAUCCAGGUGGCCCAGGAUCACCGGGUGCCCCAGGUUCUCCAGGUCUACCAGGAACGCCAGGUUUUCCAGGUUCAUCUUACCCAAAACCGUCAGCGUCCCCAGGAUCAGCGUAUCCAGGUGGUCCAGGAUCUCCAGGCUCACCGGGACUCCCAGGUUCGGCGGGUCUUCCAGGAGCACCAGGUUCGCCGUAUCCUAAACCAUCGCCAUACCCAGGCGGUCCAGGGUCACCAGGUGCCCCAGGAUCUCCAGGCCUUCCAGGAACACCAGGACUCCCAGGUUCGUCUUACCCUAAACCACCACCAUACCCAGGUUCUGCAUACCCAGGUGGACCAGGAUCUCCAGGUGCCCCAGGUUCUCCAGGACUUCCAGGGACGCCAGGAUUCCCAGGUUCUUCUUAUCCAAAACCAUCCCCAUAUCCAGGUUCAGGAUACCCAGGUGGACCAGGAUCUCCAGGUGCCCCAGGUUCUCCAGGACUUCCAGGAACGCCAGGAUUCCCAGGUUCUUCUUAUCCAAAACCAUCCCCGUAUCCAGGUUCAGGAUACCCAGGUGGACCAGGAUCUCCAGGUGCCCCAGGUUCUCCAGGACUUCCAGGAACGCCAGGACUUCCAGGUUCUUCUUAUCCAAAACCAUCCCCGUUUCCAGGUUCAGGAUACCCAGGUGGACCCGGAUCUCCGGGAGCACCAGGUGCUCCAGGUUCUCCAGGCUUACCAGGUAAACCAGGAUCUUCAGGAUUUCCAAGUACAUCUUACCCGAAACCACCUACUUACCCAGUGACACCCGGAUAUCCAGGAUCUCCCGGAUCUCCAGGAAAACCAGGAACACCAGGACUUCCGGGUACCCCUUCAAGUGGGUACGGUCAGCCGACUUUAGCCCCUUAUCCAGGACAACCAGGCCAACCAGGCACUCCAGGUUUACCAGGCUCGCCAGGAUUACCGGGAUCACCUUACUACCCGAAACCUUCUCCACCUACAAGCUACCCGGCCGGGCCAGGUCAACCCGGAGCUCCAGGUUUACCAGGCACACCAGGAAAUCCAGGUACACCAGGUCUUCCAGGCUCAUCGUAUCCAACUUCUCCAUCAUAUCCUGAGUCAAGCAAUCAAUUUGGAAGUUCCACUCCAUAUCCCUUACCAGCUGGUUAUCCAGGACAACCUGGAACUCCGGGCUUGCCAGGUAAACCCGGUACAUCAGGAGCAUCAGGGUCACCAGGUCCAUCUUACCAAAAACCCAAUUACUCUUCAGUAAAACCAAGCCCAACUAGUCCAUACCCUAGUUCACCAUACCCAGGACAACCAGGAACCCCAGGUUUACCAGGUAAACCAGGAACUCCAGGAGUCCCGGGCACUCCAGGCUUACCUGCCGAACCAAUUUACCAAAAACCAAUAUCGCCGCCAGAGCCAUCUUACCCUGCUUAUCCAUUGCAGCCAGCCUUCCCCUCUUAUCCAGGAAGUCCAGGUCAACCAGGAACUCCUGGUACUCCAGGAUCUCCAGGGACUCCUGGUUUUCCGGGUUACCCCGCCGAACCAGCGUAUGAAAAACCAAUUCCACCGCCUAAGCCAUUAUACCCUGCUUAUCCAUCCCAGCCAUCUUACCCAAUAGCACCAUCAGGAUAUCCAGGUUCACCAGGUUCUCCAGGUGGACCCGGCGCUCCCGGCCUUCCUGGGUCACCAGGUGGCGUUGAGAUAUUGCCCACUGGAGAUUACGGACUACCAAGUAGCACAACCAGCUAUCCAGGGUCUCCAGGACAACCGGGUAGUCCAGGAACACCAGGUAUUCCUGGAUCACCAGGACUUCCAGGAUCGCCUAGCUAUCCCAGCUUCCCUUCACCUCAAAAACCAUCAGGAUACCCAUCUUCUCCUAGUCCCCUACCUUCAUAUCCAAGUCAACCUGAUUAUGGUGCACCACCGCCAUAUGGCUAUCCUGAAAUAUUCUUCUCGGGCUAUCCGCAACCAACUCCUGCCGGGCCUAUUCCAAGUUAUCCUCUAGAAGGAUCACCAUCAUCUGGAUAUCCUGGAUAUUUUGAGGUAUAUCCAAGCCAAAACACAUACCCUGUACAACCACAACAGUAUCCGGAUUCUGGAGUAUUCGGAGGAUAUCCAAAUAAUAAACAUAUUUACAGCUUCCCUCAAACGAACGUUGGAUACCCAGAAUUAGAGAAGAAACCUAAGGUGCCCCAAGUUACAAGUCCAGCACCUACAUAUUCUCCUACCCCAUCUUCUGGAUACCCUAGCAAAUCUAGUCAACCAUCAGAAUAUUCCAGUACACCGAGUGUCAUUGAUGUACGCAUAGUCGUGCCAAAUGAACCUGAAAGUAACAAUGGACAAAAAGCAGUUGAUCUUAAUGAAUACGAGUAUUCUAGCUCCUCUACAACAUAUCCAAGUUCGCCAAAACCACAGUUUACUAACAGUCCAACGAAAUCAACUCCAAAGCCACAAUAUUACAGUAACCCAACGUUUAAGCCACAAUAUUUUAGCAGCACUACACCUAAUACACAAUACUUAGAAAAAUCUACUCCUAAACCAACAUACCACUCUGGUGAAGAAUCCAAACUUGUGAUAUUGUCUGGUAAGCCUGAACCGGUAACUCCCAAAUACGCACCUACUCAACCAGAUUAUACGUCCAGUCCAGAGGAAUUUACAACCAUAAAAUCAUUUGAAGAACAGUAUAGCACCUUAUCACCUGAAACUACCUCAAAUGUCGAUGUUAUACCGUACCCUGUACCAAUUGUUCCGAAUCCUGGAUCUUGCCCUUGCUAUUUCAUACCACCGACUAACGACUCAAAUAGUCAACAACAACAACAACAACCAUCUACAAUUGACUUAAAUAACUUACCGCCUGGUGCUGUGAUUGGCUAUGUUCCAGUGGUAUUUUAUCCGUCUUGUGUCGGGACAUCAAAUCCAAAUGUGGCAUCAAAAUUAGAACCAGUGUUUCCGUCAGCUUACCAAGUGCCAUAUAAGUGUUCUUAUUGUGAACAAAGCGAAUCACAAACAGCUUCGAUUCGUAACAGUUUUGAUCAAGUACUUAAGCAAAGUGCAUUAAACCCGUCCGUCGUAGUAAAAAGUCCAAGUAGAAAUAAGUAUCCCAAUGAUUUCAAUCAACAAGACUUCGGAAAACGGAUUAAUAUUGUUAGGAGAGACUCAAAAGUUAAAAACUAGAAAUAUCAUGAUAGCUACAAUGCAUGUUGUGUAAUGAAGUGCAAAUUGUAAAUUUAGAUAUCUACAGCUCUCUAAAAACGUGACAUAUAAAUUAAUUUUAAUUCAAAAUUUCUUUUGUUAUUAUCAGUCAAUAUAAUUUUAACUGUCAUUUUUAUAAUUUUUAACAAUUGAAUGUUUUGUACAAUUUUAAUAAUUACUGGUAAUUAUUAUAACAUUUUCGGAUUUUAUUGGAAAAAUAUGCCAUAAGUCAUUACGUUGAAAUUAUAAAAGUUCAAAAUUUGUUUUCAUUUAUUAGAAAAAAAAAAAGUUUAACUAAUUUGUAUACAUUAAGAAACAAAAAAUUAAUCUAUGUAACAUGCAUACUACGCUAAUCUAUUUUCUACCAAUCAAUUUAUUUUAGCCCGUCCAGAAGUUACUAAAAUAACUUCUUCGUGGUAUAUUAAUAUCAAUGUAUAUUGUUUAGGUCAAACAUUUUGAAAUUUUUGUAAAUAUAAAUAAGUAACUUCUGGAUAGACUUUGAUUGGAUAUUGAAUAAAUAUGUUAUUAUAAUUACCCAAUAAUAAUAAUUAUUACAAAUAUAUAAAACUCAGUUGUGUUAUGAAA